GGUCAGGCAGCGCUGCGGCUUUGGACGAUGCACAGCGCCGAGGACCUCGCCGAGCUUGCGGCAGCCAUUGCGCAUGUCCAGCAGACGCUGGCGCGGUUGCAGUCCAAGGAAGAGACGGACGAACUCAUGGACGACGUCGAUCGGCGCAUCAACGCCGGCGCCAGCACCGAAGACCUCCUCGUGCUGGGCCUCGAUGCCUUUCCGCGGACACGGGCGCUCUGGGCCAAGCUCGGGCCCGCGCUACCUACAGAGCUCUUGGAGGCCUUUGCUGCGUACAAGGACGCGCUCGCCCUCGAGAAGACAAAGGCAACCGAGGAUGCUACGGUAGCAACGGAUGCCCCAAGCGUCGACGCAUCUGCUCCCGUCGCCGAGGCGGCGCCGUCACCUGCGAACAUCGAGACGCCAACUGACGCAGCUGCGAGUCAAGACGAAGAGGCAUUGUCGGAAGAUGCGCUUGCAGAAGAACACAAACAUGCGGUCACGGCGCCGCCACCGACAGACGAGCGCGAGGUCAUGGAGUGCUCCGAGGACAUGGACGGCGCCGGCGACACGGAAGAGGGCGACGACAUAGUUGCUGAAACCCCGCAGGACGAGAGCGAACCUCCGACGCCCGACGAGCCCGUGGCCUCGGCGCCCAUCGUCGAGACACAAGAGCGGAAGCUCUCGGACGCCAAAGAGCCCAGCAGCAGCAACCACAACACUCCACAGCGCGCGUCGUCUCGCAUCCGCGGUCGCGCCGAUACCCAAGCAGCGGCGUCACCCAAGACGUCCAAACGACCAGUGGCUUCGACGGACGACGUCGACAGCGAGUCGGAUGUCGUUCCGCUUGUGCAUCUCCGCAAGCGGUCGGCGCCCACGACGCCAAAAGUCGAUGCCAAGUCGAGCGAAUCCGAGUCCCCGCCCAAGCGGACUUCGGGCCGGGCAUCGCGGGCCAAGGUGCCACCCAAAGACCCUACCCCGCCCGCCCGCACGUCGACGCGGAAGGACGCAAAACCCAAAAAGGGCGCCAAGAAGGUGAUCGAAGACGAGAGCGAAGAGUCGGAAGUGACACCGUCCCGGCGCAAGUCGACGCGGCGCGUCGCGACGCGGAAGCGCAAACUCGACGACAGCGACUAACUACAUACUCUCUCGUGUUGAUACGAUAUACUACAAUUGUAGUACUCUUGAACAUUAGUCGCCACAGUCAACUGUCCAGUCGCUU